AGUAGAUUUAUUAAAGAUCAAAGAUUCAUUGCUUAGUGACCUUUAUAUCUAUUAACAUAAUGUUAACCUUUGCCUGCAAUGAAAAGUAAUCAGUUGAUACAUAUUCGUAAAGUCAUUUUUUAAUUUAACUUUACGAAACGUUGCAACAAUAGUUUCGUUAAUUUAGUUGGCAGCGCAUAUUUUUGCGCUUUGAAAGAAAAAUUUCUAAUUCGAUCAGAUAUUCUUAUUUAUAUUGAAUGACAAUAUAUUAUUCAACAUAUUCAAAUUAUAGAUUAAUUAUAUUGUAUUGUGAUUAUUAUCGUGAAAUAUGGAUAACGUGACAGGAAUAAUACAUGCCAUGUAUCGAGGAUUUGUAGAUAGUUUGAGAGGAGCUAUUGUCUUAUUUUAUAUGGACAAACGAAUUAAUGAAAAAUUAUCUAAACCACCCUUAAAUAAAACAGAAAGUCAUGGAAAAGACAUAGCAGUCAUACCUCAUCCUCCAAAGCAUUUUAAUCAUUUAAGAGAAUCAAAAGUGUUAAAAAGAACAAUUCAAUGUUGUGCUUUAAAUGGUGGUGUAUUUUGGGUCAGCAUAUUAAUUUUUGAAUGUGGUUUACUUCCAUUUCUCAAGUACUUAUUGACCAUUAUAUUUGGUCAUUCACCGGGUAUGGGUAUGACUGUGUGGUCUUGGAUGAAACCAUUUCUGUCAUUAACUUUUGGCACUGUAUGGGUACUACCACUAUUUGUGCUCAGUAGGAUAGUCAACAGUUUAUGGUUUCAGGACAUAGCGGACAGUGCUUAUAGGUAUAGGCAAGGAAGGCCAUUACUUUUAUCUAGUGUGAGCAAGCUCGUAGCAGACACGCUUUUCAGUAUAUUGGUUCAAGCAUUAUUUUUGGGUCAAGGAAUGUUGGUAUCCAGGAUUCCAUUACCUCUUGUAGGUGACAUUCUUGCCCUUAUACAUAUGUGCCUUUUAUAUGCUCUCUAUGCUUUUGAAUACAAAUGGUUCAAUAUGGGUUGGGAGCUACAUAGACGAUUAAGUUUUAUUGAAAGUAAUUGGCCAUAUUUUGUGGGUUUUGGUCUGCCAUUAGCAGUACUUACCCAACUGCCCAGUUCGUAUGUAAUAAGUGGCUGUGUUUUUUCUAUAUUGUUCCCGUUAUUUAUUGUAAGUGGAAAUGAAGCAGUACCUGUGACUGGAGUAUGUGAUUGUCCUUUAAAAUUAUUUUCACCAGUAAUUGCUAUUGCAAAUACUCUUUUCAAUAAAACAAUUGGACCAACGAAUAGACGGUGACAUGAAAGAACAUAACAAACUUCUUUAAAAUACUAAAUAUAUAGCAAUAAACCGUCUUUUUCAGGUUUUCAUAUAAAUUUUAUUAAUUUUGAUGAAGUAUAUGCUUAAUUAAUUUUCUUGUGUUAAGUUUUAUAUAAUCAAAUUGAAAUGAAAAUUUUCAUUUUAUUCAUUUUCUAUAAUAUAAUUGAAAUUUAAGACAUAAUUUAUGUUUUAAUAGUGGUAUUUAUAAAAAUAGAUAAAUUCAUAGAUAUGCAAAAAUAAAUUACAAUAAAGAAAAGUAUUUGUAAAUGCAUUAUAUCUAAAUAAAACUUAUUGAAGAUACACACAGUAAAAAAUUUAUAAAUUUGGUAAUAUUUGAAAAGUUAGUUAUAGAUGUUCUUUAUUGUAUUGCAAGAAAUUAAAAUAACUUGAAAUUUUAUACAUUUUUAUUAUUACUAUUAAAACAUGAUAAAAAUAAUAUGCUUUAAUAAAAUAAUUGCGCAUAUAAAAAAAAUUCCUAAUACCUUUUAUAAAUUAUACAACUAAAAGAAA